CCCUUCUCUACGCCACCGAGAAGCGACCUUCCGCAGCUAGAGUGGCCCAACCGCGAGCGCGGCCGCGAGCUCCGGAAGGCGCGGGACCCUCCAGGACCCGGUCCCAGGCUGCCUUUGACCCGAGGGCACUGUCCUCAACGCCUGGAAAAUGGUUUCCGCUAGUGGGACAUCAUUUUUUAAGGGUAUGUUGCUUGGGAGCAUUUCCUGGGUUUUGAUAACUAUGUUUGGCCAAAUUCACAUUCGACACAGAGGUCAAACUGAAGACCACGAGCACCAUCACCUUCGUCCAGCUAACAGGAACGACUUCUUAAACACUUCGAAAGUGAUACUCGUGGAACUCAGUAAAAGUAUUCGUGUUUUCUGUAUCAUCUUUGGAGAAUCCGAAGAUAAGAGUUACUGGGCUGUACUGAAAGAGACCUGGACCAAACACUGUGACAAAGCAGAGCUUUACAAUACUAAAAAUGAUAAUUUGUUCAAUAUAGAAAGCAAUGACAGGUGGGUACAGAUGAGGACCACUUACAAAUACGUCUUUGAAAAGUAUGGUGACAACUACAACUGGUUCUUUCUUGCACUUCCCACUACGUUUGCCGUCAUUGAAAAUUUAAAGUAUCUUUUGUUUACAAGGGAUGCAUCCCAACCCUUCUAUCUGGGUCACACUGUUAUAUCUGGAGACCUCGAAUACGUGACUGUGGAAGGAGGGAUUGUCUUAAGUAGAGAGUCGAUGAAAAGGCUUAACAGACUUCUCGAUAACUCUGAGACCUGUGCAGAUCAAAGUGUGAUUUGGAAGUUAUCUGAAGAUAAGCAGCUGGCAAUAUGCCUGAAAUAUGCAGGAGUUCAUGCGGAAAAUGCAGAGGAUUAUGAAGGAAGAGAUGUAUUUAAUACAAAACCAAUCGCACAGCUUAUUGAAGAGGCAUUGUCUAAUAACCCUCAGCAAGUAGUAGAAGGCUGCUGUUCAGAUCUGGCUGUUACUUUUAAUGGACUGACCCCCCAAAAGAUGGAAGUAAUGAUGUAUGGCCUGUACCGGCUCAGGGCAUUUGGACACUAUUUCAAUGACACACUCGUUUUCUUGCCUCCAGUUGGUUCAGAAAAUGACUGAGGGCUGGAGAAUAAUAGACCUGUGCUGUCCAAGAGCACUUGAAAUGUGGCUAGUCCAAAUUCUGAUACAGUGUUAAGUGCAAAAUACACACUUCAUUCAAUAAUUCAUAUAUUAUUAGAAAACAGUAUGAAGACAUAAAACAUCUCAUUAAUAAUAUUUUAUAUUGACAUCACACUGAACUAAUGUUUGGGUAUUUUGCAUUAAAUAAAAUAUACUAUUAAAAUUAAUUUCACCUGCUUUUUAAUUUUAUUAAUGUGUCUAUUAGAAUAUUUUAAGUUACACAUGUAGCUUACAUAUUUCUACUGGUUAAUAAAGGUGUAGAACAUUUGUUGUCACCAUGUAUGGCCACAUAUUUAACUGCCUGUCCACAUGGCAGCAU